AUGUCCUCAUCCUCCAUCAAUGCCUCGUCCCCCCCCAACACCACAUCUGUCCCUGUCCCUGGCGCAGCAGUGGGGCUGACCCUGCUGGCAGUGGCAGUGGCAGUGGGGCUGCCAGGCAAUGCCAUGGUCCUGUGGAGCUGCGUUGUCACCCGCCGUCACAGUGUCCCCAUCCUCCUCAUCUUCCACUUGGCCUUGGCUGAUGUGGUCACCCUACUCACCGGUCCCAUCUACCUCCGGGCCUUGAGCGUUAGCCAAUGGGACAUGGGCUUGACCACCUGCCGCGGUUGUCACUACCUCUGCGCCACUGCCAUGUACGUUAGCGUCUUCCUCAUCAGCCUUCUGGGUCUCCAUCGAUGCUUGGCGGUCUCCAGGCCAGCGACGGCAGUGGUGACGGCAAGUGGCCGUGCUGGACGGUUGGCUCACAGAGCGGCAGCAGUGACUUGGUUGGUGGCUUUGGUGUUGGCCAUCCCAUCCGUCGUCUUCCGACAGGUGAAGGACAGGCACUGCCAGCGGGUGCAUGCCACGGAGGCUUUGUUGCUGGUCCAUAACCUUCUGGAGACCAUCUUGGGUUGGGCUCUACCGUUGACCACUGUGGCCAUUGGCUAUGGGUUACUGGUCCACCGGUUACGCCAGACACGGUUGGCCCGGCGCGGUCGUACCUUCCGGCUAGUGGCUGCUGUGGUGGUGGCCUUC